UUCAUUACAAGAAAGCGAUACGAGAAACACACUAGUGCUCUAGCGCUGCGACGUUACAUUGCUCUAUUAUUCUUCAAGCGAUACAAACUCGUGAUUUAAACUACAAAAUGUCUCUGUUGCCAUUCGUGUUGGGUUACGAACGUCCUCACCGUAUCAUCGAUCAGGACUUCGGCUUGUCUUUGACUCCCGACGAUCUACUGACUGUUGCCGUGUCUCCACUACUAUCACGAGACUACUACAGACCCUGGCGUCAGAUGGCGGCUGCUGCGAGGGACGUCGGAUCCACCAUCAAGUCGGACAAAGAUAAAUUCCAAGUCAACUUGGACGUGCAGCAUUUCAAACCUGAGGAAAUAACUGUGAAGACUGCAGACGGUUACAUAGUCGUGGAAGGAAAACACGAAGAAAAGAAAGAUGAACACGGCUUUAUAUCCCGUCAGUUCACUAGACGAUACGCACUCCCGGAAGGCUGUAAUCCAGACACAGUAGAGUCACGGCUGUCUUCAGAUGGAGUGCUGAGUGUUAUUGCUCCGAAAGUGCCAUCAGUAUCGAAGAAUGAACGAAGCGUCCCCAUCGCCCAGACCGGACCCGUGAGGAAGGAGAUCAAGGAUCAGAAUUCCCAUGGUGAAGAAAAUGGUCAAUAAUCAACUCUUAGGCAUGGAAUAAGAUGUUAACGUAUCCUAGUCUAUUACAAGGAAGCUGUAUAUUUUUAGUCUUACUCCUUAGCGAGUUUAUUUUCCCACCAAUCUAGCUUUAAUUAAUGUUAAUUUUAUUGUAAGUUUUUUAUAUACACUGAAUGUACAUUAAAAUUAUCAAACAAUAAAUAAAAUUUUAAAGUAAA